ACAGAAUUCUAAAACUUAAAGCCUAAUGUGCUUGAAAACGUGAAGAGCAAAAUCCUAAGUCUGCAUGAGGACAAGGUUGAAUGUCAUGGAUGUUGCAGAAACUGGCAUUUUCUCAUGUCUGUGUUUGAAAACACAUAAAGAACACCAAUUCAAGGACCAUCCAGCAAAUAUGCUGUAUCUUGACUUAGCAGUUCAAAGGCCAGUGCUAACCCUGCUUACUUGUGAAGAAGAUAGGACCAUGAUCAGAGCAUUUGAGGUCAACUGCCAAGCUAUCAGUGGAGAUGGAGUAAAGCACCUUUAUCUAAGCCUUCCCUAACAGAGCACUCAGCUGUGACUCAGAGAGGGUGCAAAAGGCUUGUGCAGACUAAGAUUGUAGAUCAUCUUUGCCCACAUCCACUCUUCUUGUGACAUAAAGCUUCCUCUACUUCUUUGAAGUCAGAGGCACCACCAAGGCAUCGAAUGAUUUCUUUGAGGACUGUUCCUUAACUAUCCGGUAGGUGUCAUACCUGCCGAUCACAAGGCUUUUCAGUGCUUAUGCUUCAGGCUAACUUGAGACAUCUUCUCAGCAGUGCGUGGUCCUGUUAGUCCACGUUGCAGUUCCACGUGCUUCACACUGUCCACCAUGCCAACCUUACCUGAAGGCAAGGGACAAUCAGAAGAGGCACACCACCACAGUUCUCCAGCCAAAGACACUACUGUUGAAGGAACAUCAUGCAGUACACCUUCUAUUGUUCUCCCAGAGAAUGCUGUUACGCCAGAUGUAGAAAUUGAUAAAAAUCUGGUUAACAGGCCUCGUAGUCCUCAUAGGAGACAUUCUAACCGUGCCACUAGGAAUCCAGCAAGUUCGUUGACUUCUGUUGACAACAGCGGUCAUGUGAUUGAUCUGGUAAAUGAUCAGCUACCAGAUGUCAAAAUAUCGGAGGAAGACAAAAAGAAGAACCUUGAAUUACUAGAAGAAGCAAAGAAAGUAAGUGAGAGGUUUCUAAUGCGCAGAGGCAGAAAGUCAAGAAGCAGUCUUCCAGAGUCACCCACAGCAGUUUCCCCUACACUUAGUCCUAAAGUUUCACCAGUAGCAUCUCGGAGCAACUCUCUCACUCUUCCAGUUCCAUCAGGGUCUGAUGCAUGCACAACCACUACUGUUGAGUCAGUACCUCCAGGGCAGAAUAACAGAACUGUGAAAGAGGAUGGCAGGCAAACUGCAGAAAAUGCUGCAAAAGGAUUAAUUGAUAGAAGGCAAAAUGAUCAAAGAAAGAUUUCUCAGGGAAGGUUGGUUCCUCGUUCUGCUGGUUUUGAAAAUUCCAAAGAGAAGCUCUCAGAACAAAAAGAAAACUUUGAUCCAUGUAAACAUAUGGACACUUUACCUAAAUGCUCCCCUUCAGGUGGUGAUGGUGGCAGAAUGUCUCUUAACACUUGCAUGAAUGUUUGUGAAAAUGAACUUGGAAAAUCAUUCCUCAAGAAAGCAAAAGAAAAUGAUGUUCCUUUAAGAACCCACCUACCAGGACCAGGAAUAGGAAAUAUAGACUCAAAGCUAAAAAUUCCUGUUUCAGAAAUGAGGGACCAUAAGGUUUCAUGUAAACCAGAAUUUAAACUGUGUGGACUGCGUCCUCCUCUACUACGGGCUGUAUCAUGGGAUAGCCUGGAGCCUGGACAGAAGGAUAAAACACCCUUAAAAUUACCGUCCGAGGAAGAUAAAAGCUUUGUUGGUGGUAAUAAAUCUAACAAUCAAUUAAAAGCAUUCAAAGACCUUCAAAUCCAAGUUCAACCAGUUCGAAUGCAGAAACUGACAAAGCUCAGAGAGGAGCAUAUUUUGAUGAGAAAUCAAAAUUUAGUUGGACUUAAACUUCCUGAACUUAGUGAAGCAGCUGAACAGGAAAAAGGCCCUUCACCUCUCCCUUCCCCCACUGAAGAGGAAGAGACAAAGAAUAGCUCUGAUGUCAUGCCCAGCAUUCCUGAUGUAUUGCUGCGAAAACUGCGAGUGCACAAAUCACUUCCAGGAAGCUCCCCUCCACUUACUGAAAAAGAAGUUGAGAAUGUAUUUGUACAGCUUUCCUUGGCCUUUAGAAAUGAUAGUUAUACCUUGGAAUCUAGAAUUAACCAAGCAGAGAGGGAGAGAAAUCUUACUGAAGAGAAUGCUGAGAAGGAACUGGAAAGCUUUAAAGCAGCCAUUACGUCUUCAGCUCACUUAUGGCAUCACUAUGAACACCGGGAAGCCUACCAGAAACUAUUGGAGGAUAUUGCUGUUCUGCGUCGUUUAGCUGCUAGACUGUCUAGUCGUGCUGAGAUGGUUGGAGCUGUUCGCCAGGAGAAGCGUAUGUCAAAGGCAACAGAAGUGAUGAUGCAGUAUGUGGAAAAUCUGAAAAGAACAUAUGAAAAGGAUCAUGCUGAACUAAUGGAGUUCAAGAAACUUGCCAAUCAGAAUUCUAGCAGAAGCUAUGGUGCAUCUGAAGAUGGAGUACCUCGUUCAUCUAGAUCCAUGUCUCUUACUGUUGGAAAGAAUCUGCCUCGGAGGAGAGUCAGUGUUGCUGUUGUUCCUAAAUUUAACUCCUUAAACAUUCCUGGUCAGUCACCAGCCGCUUCACCUAUACCUUCAAUGCCAUCCCUGUCUGAAUCACCUAGUAAUGGAAGGAGCAAUCUAACAUCUACUCCUGUUCUGCCAGCACUUUUAGAAAACAGUGGAAAGACUAAUGGAGAGCCUGAGUGUGAAACCCCUGCUUCUGUGCUGACACAGAGUGGGUUGGAAGAGAUCAGUCCUGAAACUAAAGCCAAGAUAGAAGAGGAAGCAUAUAACAAAGGAUAUCAGGAAGGCUUAAAGAAAACCAAAGAACUUCAGGAACUGAGGGAAGAAGAUGAAGAGACACCAAAAGAAAGUCAUGAUGAACAUGAAGAAAGUGAAAAUGAAGAUGAAAUAAAAAACCUGAAAAGCAGCAGACUUGAAGUCAUCAUUAAUUAUUUACAUAUACUGUACCCCAAACUGUGUAAACACUGGAAUGUGGUAUGGCUUGUAGUGGCUGCGAUUACCAUUUUUGCUGUGGUGUUGGGAAUCUACCAUUCAUACAACUCCUGUGAUGAAAAAUCAGAGGGACCUGAAGGGAAGGCCAGCUGUUCUGCUGCCCAUCAAUAUUCCUGGUGGAACUCAGGAUUUCAACAUGAGCAACGCACUGAAUAAUAAAGGAACAGCCAUGUGUUAUGGUACCUGAGCAAGUACACCUGUUAGAACACAGUUGUUAAAGGUAGUGCUUAGUCAUCCUUAUUGGUUGUUAAAUGUGAUC